AUGGAUAAGGACAAAGAGAAAAAUGUAAUAAAUACAACGGACGUAGGUAAGAAUUGCACAGUAAGCUUAAAAUACCUAAACACAUUGUCUGAUGGUCUAACAUACAGAUUAUCAGAGAAAACCUCACAAGUCAAAAAUAAAAUGAAAGAUAAUGACUCAAAUGAUAACGCAAACAAGUCUAACAGCAAAGAAGAACAUAAAAAUGAAAAUGCAGAACAAAGUGAGAAACAAAACGAUCAUAAUCAGGACAAUGUGUCAGAUCUUGAACAACAGAGAAGUCAGGUAAUUCAAGAGGAACCUUUGAAUUUAUCGGUUAAAGGUCACAAAGAAGGAGAUGUUUUAGAUCAAGGUGAAAAAGAAAGUGACAAAGAUGAAUGUGACAAUGACAUAAACAGAAACAAAAAGAACGAAGAAGUAUUAGAAGUAAAUAAUGUUACAAAUACACAGGACAGUGGUACUGCGACACCACUUCUAGAUGAAAGAACCAGUGAAAUGACUAUGUUGGGAGAAUUAGACAUAGUAAGUUAA